GGUUCUGCCACUCGCUCACACACACACUCAUAGGAUUUCUUCUGGUCUGGAUCACUUAUUUUUCUCGUCUGCAAUAAGUAAAAAUUUUCGUCCCAGUGCAGCAGCAAUCGGCGGAUUUCAUGGAAAACGUUGUUUGAUGAAAGCCGCCGUAACGAUAAGCUACAAAACACCGCGUCCUGUCGUUCGAAAAAGUUUGCGUCGUCGGUGAAACGAAUGAAAAAUCUCUCGCGUACGGUGUUGAGCUACGACGACUACGACGACGACGACAACGGAGCGAGUAGCAUUUUCCUUGUUGUUGUUCUUUUUCUUUCCUGAAUUUGUCGAACUGGAAGUGGCAGAAAAUUGGCUGUGCUCUCGGGUAUCGGGUGUAAAACAGUUUCGGCGCGCGUGUUUUUUUUUUCUUUCUUUCUUUGCAACGGUUUUGUGAUAAAUCUCUGGCGAGAGUAAAGCAUUUGCAGUGAUCAGCGGCCAUUGGUGUGUGCAAAAUGUGUUCUCCGGACAGCAGUCUGCCAAACACAACGCCGGAAUAGUUUGCUAAUUAAUUGUUAGUCAUCGAGCAGUAGGCGGGGAGGGCGAUUUCCGCAAUCUUCCGGCCUCCUAUAAUAGCAAUAGUUACGUAGCGACGGAGCGUUUCCGCAACGGCACACAACAGUAUGGCCAGUAGCGACGAUCAAUGGCUGAAAGAGGACGGCUAUCUGAAUGUGGAUGCUGAGUCGCGUUGGAUCACGUAUCAUCCGUACUUGAACGUUAUUAUCGUCAUUGGCAGCAACAGUGAGGUUAAGCUUCUGGAUGUCAAUUCCGGUGUCAUACUACAAAGCUACAGAAUAUCGGACAUCAAUUCCGUUCGAUGCCGCUACUUGCCCCAGCAGGAUAAGAUUCUUAUUUGGAACGGUCGCAACAUUUGCAUGCGCGGUGAUUACAAUGGCGUGCUGCUGCUGGACACUAUCCUGCAGGCCCCCGUUACCUCGACCGACGAUCGGGUGCGCCUGGAGUUGCUGCUCACCGAGGCGCACUUGUUCCUGCAGUGCCUCCAAAACCUGGAAGAGCACGGUCUGGAGAAUAUGAGCGACGUUACGAACGAACUGACGCAAAAGAUCAGCGAAGCACAGUCGCACUCGAAGCGCGGUAUUAAGGCACAAAAAUGGGAAACGGUGUGUCUGGAGCUGCCACACUCCUCCCUGCGCAUGGUGGCAAGCGGUGUGGUGAUGCAGCUGCGCCGGCUCGACCAGCACAUCCCAGCGAUGGCCAUUGCUUCGGCAAUAAACGAACGAUUGACGGAUUUGCUUCGGGGCGCGCGGGUGAACGAGUCGGCCAAGUCGGUGCAACGAUUUCAGAUGUACUCGGAGGCCGCACGGCGCCAAACGUUCGAGGCGUGGCCGCACAUGGACUACAAAUGGGUGCUGCCGGAUCAGAUGGCUCAGGCCGGCUUCUACCAUCAGCCGGGCGAGAAUGGCAACAAGGAUCGGGCGAUGUGUUUCACCUGUACCGUGUGUCUCGUGUGCUGGGAGAAAACGGACGAACCGUGGAGCGAACACGAACGGCACUCGCCGGACUGUCCGUUCGUGAAGGGCGAGUUCACGCAGAACGUGCCGCUGUCCGUGACGUACGCAACGAGUCCGGCCAUCGCCACCGCCGGAUUCAGCCUGAUCUCCUCCGGCGAUCGGGGUGUGGUGUUCUGUACCGGCAACCCUGCCGGGGACGUAACGGUGUGGAACAUUGAGCGACAGCUGACAAAGGUGCACGAGUUUCAGGUGAAGCUGCAUCCGGACAUCCUGACGACGACCUCGAUCAGUCCGACGGCGACGGUCAACUCGCUCGAGCUGAACGCUUUGGCGGCGUACUUUGUCCGCUCGCCGGCGGGUGGAAGCGCACUGCAGCAGCGCCGUGCCUCGCUCUCCCUGAAACCGAAGAUGCUCGGCACGAAGAUAGUGGCCGGGGUGCGUGUGAACAGCACGGAAACGAUCGACAAGGAGGACACGUACGAUGACGCGUACGAGCACGAACCGGAAACGACGCUUUUGCUAAUCGUGUACAACAUUGAGGACCCGGCCAUGGAGGAAGCGUCCCCGCCCGGCGCAGCAUCACCCACACUGUGUGCCACCCCUGCCCAGACUGCCCAGGUGUUGCUGAAUGCGGCCGGUGGCGGUGUUGGCGGUGGAGGGAAUGCUAUCAAAUCGAAUCUGUUUACUAUCAUGGAAAGCACGGAGGACGAAUCGGUCAAACUGCUGGCCGAGCGAUCCAACGCGCUGAUGAACGAAUUGCAGCACGCGAAGCAGAAGCUCGUAACGCAAAAGCCAUCCUCCAAGCCGAAGAAGAAACACUACACGGAUGUUAGCGAGCAUGAUAGCAGCAAAAUGAAAAGUCUGUCAACAGUGGAUUCGGCUGCGGCACCCACGACCACAUUACCGUCCACCUCGAUGAACAUUGUGACGGAUGUGUUGGCCACCGGCAUAACCGUUAGUGUGCCGGGCACUGAAGGAGGCGGCGGCGGUACCGGAGACGGGGGCGGAGGAGGAGGAGGAGGAGAAGGCGGUGUUGGCGGUGGCGGGGAAAGUGGCGGUGCAGUUGAUGCAAUUUAUUGCAUACCGCUGCAGUACAUCGAACUGCCACCGAUCAUGGUGGACUCGUGCGCCCAAUACUACAUCUCGGACACGGUUCCAUCGAGCGAUAACAGGUAUCUUUUGGUGGUGGUCAAAUACGACACCAGUAGUGCAGAGAACGCGGGCCAGGCAAUCACCGAGUCUGUUGCGGAUGAUGCGGCCAAGGUGGACGACAAUGAGGAAACUGCGGGUCCGCUUUGGCAUGCCGUGCUGCUGCUGUACUUGCUGAACGAGGAUGGGCUGGUGCGUUUGGAUCAGCCGCUGAUGUUGUGCUUGAAGCAAGAGCAGGUGCCGCUCGAGAUAACGAUGCUGCCCAAAUGUGACGGCACCGGGCGGUACUUUGGUGGACCGGAAACUGACCAAGGCAUCUUCGUGAUGACAUGUGCCGAUGGGAAGCUGCGCAUCGUUUCGCUAAAAACGUUCGACAUCAUCUCGGAAGCGUCCGUGAAGGAUGAUCGGUUCGUUUCGGCAACGUACUGCAAAAGCUUGGAGCGGCUGUGCGGUUGCACCGCCAAAGGAUGCCUUCACUUCUACUCGUUCUACGAUCUGGACGCGGACUCUAGUGACGAGCGCGACGAAGAGACCGUUGCACAGACGUCACUAGCAUCAGCAAUCGAUUCCGGUGAUAAAGUUUAUGGAACGACCGGAGUUGAUGGCGUGACACCGAUCGACGUUAUCGACAAUAGGAGCGCCACGUCGACCGUACCACCGGCGGGAGUAUCGAACAGCGACGGAACGGGUGGAACUACACCGCAGCAGCAGCAGCAGCAGCAGCAGCAGCAUGCGCAACAUAAUCCAGAGGGCGAUGGACAGGAGUGUUGGCUAGCCUUCCGGCCGGACGUCGGCAGCAACGUCAACCACCUGAAGAUGCUGCACACGCUAACGCUGUUCAGCGAGCUGCUAACGCCUUACUCGGCUGAAGUGCCUGCCUGUUGGAAUGAGCUGGAGCAAGCCCAAAAACAGCGGCGAAAUCCGCAACAUCUCCGGCCCGGCGAUGACACCCAUCUGACGAAAACUUGGCGUCUGCACAACGAUGCCUCCACCUGGGAUGAACACCUGAUCGAGCUAAAUCUCCCCAAAUGCACCUCGCUCGGUCAUAUCGACUUUAAGUUUUCGCUCUAUCAACCGUGCGCCAACUCGCCCGCGAUUCAGGUAACGCUGCUCAAGCAAAAGUCGAUGGGCCUGUGCACGCGCCGCAAACCCCAAUCGAUAAAUCGCGUCGAUGAGUCGAUCAACUUUAACAUCGGUGCCGGCGAAGGCAAGCACUUUGUAGAAAAUCCGGUACUGAGUGAAGAGUAUUUGCAAGCCCGAAAUGCAGAGAUCGUCGUCGGCCCGAUCGAGCUGGCCUCCUGCAUGGACCUGAGCGAGCAGGGCGGCUGCGUAACGCUCACCAGUCCGAAGCUGCUAAAAUCCAAAGGUCGGAACUAUUUGCUGCACAUUAAAACAAUGACGGAUCUGUCGAAGGAUGGGCAAGGCAAAACAAGAGUGCCGGCCCGGAAGAAGGGCAUUACGAGCAUUCUGCUGACAUCGUUGUCGAACAUCUCGUCGGCACAAUCGAACGCGCCUCCCUCCGGUGGCGGCGGCGGCGGCACUGUACAAGUCGGUAAGGAUGGCUCUUUGACGAUUUUCCCCGUGCCCUCGCCGGCCGGGUCGUCCGCUGCGACGAUCAAAACGCGACCCAAUGAUUCCUCCUGCAUAGGGUGCGACUGGUUGAAUGAAAUAUCCAUCACGGUGCGGGCCACACGGCAGCUGUACAAGGUUGAGCACGAGCGUGCCCAACGGUUGGCCAUGUUGGACUCCAACAUGCUGCUGGAAAAUUUGCUAGCCCUUCUACAUCAGCAGCGCACGGAAGCGGAGGAGAAGCAGGAUGUUGAAGCUAGCGGCGAAAAAGAAAAUGCCACCACGGGCGGCACAUCAUCGUGCGCAGGUGCGGCACCGUCGCCGGAUGAGAAUAUGAUCGUAACGCAGCAGAAUCUUGCGCUAGACAUUCUCAUCUGGAUCGUCACGAUACGUAUGAUGCGCUAUCGCUAUCCGAAGAAUCCGUUCGCCAAACGGGCUGCCCCGACCGAGGUGCGGCACGUGGCGUCCAGCGAUCUGAAUGUCCAGCAAACGGAAUGCGUGCAGAUCAUUGAGAAGCACCUCGAGCAAACGAUUCGCCAUUGCAUUGUGCUGGCCAAUCGAAGUAUCGCGCACAAGUGUGUGAAAUUCAUUUCCCUUGCACUCGAGGGAGCGCAAAACAUGGUCGACAAGAACGUGUGUGGCGCGUUCGAGCAAUCGCUCAACGAUGCGAUCGUCAAAUGCUUGCCAGACAUUGUCAAUGCGAAGCAUGCGGGCGCCUUGCGCUGGUUUACGCUGCUCGUGUCGGGCACCACCAUGGUGGAGCAUCAUUCGGGGGUGGCGGAUCACUGCAUGCAGCUGCUCAAAUCGGUGGCCGAAGAAAUGCGCAAACGCAACAAUCCGUACGCUGCACUGCUGCGUACCCGGUUCGGUCUGCACGGAUCACCGUUCGACUCGGAAGUGUUCGAAUCGCCGUCGAUGGAUGGGCGCGCAGCGUUUGGCGGUGGUGCUGCCGGAGGAUAUCCGUUCGGGUGCGGAACGGCUACGAACGGGCUGAAUAUGAACGGUGGUGGCGGUGGUGGCAAUGGGGGUUGCAAUAGUACGAGCAAAGGUGGCGGCACCAGUGCGAGCGGCGGCCCACCAAUCGGUUCGUCCGUCCUAACCGGUCCGUCUCCGAUCGAUUUGCGGCUGAUGUGCUUUGCGGACGGUGCCGAUCUGAAGUGCUUGUUCGAUCAGCUGCGCAGUCGCAGCAUUGGGUCACACUUCAUGGGUUUGCUCGAGGUUGAGCCGCUGCAUUACUCUUGCUGUGCCACGUCCGAUGCAACCCGGUUGGAAAAUAUCGAUGCGAACGGCAACACCACCACCACUACCACCACGACUAGCAGCAGCACGGUGAACGGGUUCGGUGGUCCCGGUGCCGGUGGAAUGGGUAACGGUAUCACGAUCGAGCCCGUGUCCGCCGCUGCAAACAUGCUGCUGGAAAAUACGGCCGGCGUUGGUGCGUUCACCGUGGAUGUGAAGGUCGACAUUCCGCAAGACGCACAGGCAGGAGAGCACAGCGACACGAUGAUCGUAUCGUACCUGGGUUCGAGUCCGCAGCAAACUAAUACCAGCGGCAAUCAGGGCAAGGGUACCAUCGGAAGCAGCGGCAGCACCAGCAGCACUGUUGGUCCUUCUAACAAGAAGUCUACCACCCAGUCCAGCGGGCUUGAUAAGGAAAACAUCGGUGAUGCGUUGAUGAACAAUGUGAAAAACGUGCUUGUCGAUAAGAUUUUCUUCAAGGCACUGCAAACACACAAGCUAAAGUCGGCUGGAAAUUCGACUGCUGACACCAUUGGCUUCCCGACCUACCUGCAGCAAUCGCACACCGAUAACCACACCAAACCGCACGCCAUCAACAUCGGAAGUGAGGAGGAAAUGGUGAAAUUUGAUCCGUUCAGCAUUGUGGACGAUGUGGCUACCUGUGUGCUGUUCAAUCCAGCUGAUCAAAAGACUGCACCGUUGAUCAUAUCGGACACGGCUGCGGUGGAAGUGUCGGCUGGUGCUGCUGCUGCUCACGGCAUAAGCAGUGCGGCCCGUGCAUCGAAGGUGGUGUCCUUCGUGUCGAACGAUGCGACCAAUCUGGAGCUGCAGCAGGGGGGACCUCAUACCUCGCUGCUGGACAACAAGAUUCAGGAAUAUUUUGAUGAAAAGAGCACCGCCGCUGAGGCAGAAAACGGGCUCGAUCAGUCCACCGGCGGCGGCGGCGGCGGAUUGCCGUGGCACAAGCUGCUCGCCAGCCCACCGAAGCAGACGAUCGUGGUUGAGCGGAUGCACUCGUCGGCCAUUCGGUACGUGACGCUUGACUUUGGCGCACCGGUCAUGCUGACGGAUGUGAUCAUUCCGGCCCAUUCGGAUCUGGCCUCGCUCUCGAUCGACGUGUGGUGCUUCGAGGAGGAAGCGGACAGCGUGCGGCUGGUCGUUUCGCAGGACAUUCACUCGCGCACACUGGUGUUGAGCGAUCUGCAGCCGCCUCCGAUCUGUCGGUAUCUGAAGAUCACGAUCACCGGCCGGUACGGAAUGACGGCCACCCGUUGCCGCAUACCGAUGGGUUCGUUCUACGGGCAUAUCGUUAUUCUGGACCGUGAAGCAUACGCAGAUCCGGUGAUGAAAUUCCUCCACAAAAGGAAACCGAACGUAGCGACGCAGCUGAAGGUGUUGAAAGCGUUGUACGAAGAUGUCCACUGCCGGUACUGCUUGGCUAGCAGUAAGCUGAUGGAUCUGCUCGUGCCGUAUCUGAACAGCGACGCAUCGAACAUCGCACACAUGCAAGCGUUUCUCAAUCGCAUGAAAGAUACCUCGUUUGGCGGUGGGCUGGGUGCCGACAUGUACGGCACGUACGGCAGCACUGUGGGCGGCGGCGGUGGAAGCAGUGCUUCGGUCGAGUGCGCGAAGGUGACGGCGGCGUACGAAGAAUGUAUCGGAUUUCAGCACCAGCUGAACGUGAUUCGUCGCGUGAUCGAUCGCAUAAGACCAUCGAUCGAGCCGAAUCAUCCGCUGCUGGUGCAACUGAUGCUGCCAACACAGCCCGCGCCGCUAAAGACCGGUUGCAGCGAUCUGAGCUCGAUCUACACGGAUAAGCUGCGCGUCAUGAGCGAGUGCUUGAUCGAGAUAAUAUUGCAGCUCAUAACGAUGUACGGUGGCAGCAGCAGCAGCAGCAGCAGCAGCACGUCAUCCUUUGGGGUGGCAAUUGAUCAGCCCAAUGUCGAUCGGCAGCAGCGUAUGAAUCAGGAAAUGUGCAACUUGCUGUUUGACACGAUGGUGAUUGCCGGCGAUGCGCAUACACAGCUCGCGACCUGCUCUAUGCUCGUUCGCCUGUGCUGUUUCGAGUCGUGGUGGGGCGAUUUUCUAGCCGAUAAGUUCUUGACGCUGUACUCCUCUCAGAAUGAACGUAUUUUCCCGCAAGAUCGCGUGUUUCUGUUGCUAACGUAUCUAGGACGGCGUAGUAUCGCGAUCGGCCGCAGCCGGACAACGGUUAUCGAUGCGAUUCUGCGCAGUUUAGCCACACUGCUAGCACCAUUGGCCGCGAACGGUGCGAGCGGUUUAAGCAUCUGGUGCAGUACGGAUCUAAACUUGCUUGGCUGGAUAUUGCUGUUCUUGUCCGUGUGCCUGGACGAUGGGACGGAGGGUAGAAAGGAUCAGAACAACAUGCGCUGGGACUUUAUGUCCGGCGAAACGGACAUGGUAAAGGCUCGGAUGAACAUGAGCAACAGCGGGCUGCGCACGCUAACCCGAUCGUUCAAGAAGCGGCUCAUUCAAACGAAGCAAUACAGUCAACUGUCGGGUGCCACCUCGAAGCUGGAAAUGGCCUUGAAGCAGCAAGAAAAUCAGCUAAAAAAGCUGACCGUCAACAUCAAGCAAAGUCUGGGCGAUUACAUUAAUGAAAUCAACAGCAAAAUGAAGGAAAUUGGUGAAAACGCCAUUGCCGCCCCGUUGAGUAAGAACGAGCUGUCGCAGGACGGCAACAGUGUAGUAUCGUGUUCGUCGAGCGGAAACCACACGGCAUCGUCCAUCGGCAGCAGCGUUGCGGCUAAUGCUGCGAAAAUCGGUGGAAAGUUUGUCAAUCUUGCUGCUGCCGCUGGCGAUCGUACGAUACGAGACGCGUCGAACGAGGCGGGCGGCAGCAGCCAUGCAGCGUCCGCUGCCAAGGACGAUGGUGAGACUCCAUUCGACACUGGGCUGAAGGCGAUGAAAAUCGACAAGAUAAUUGUCGUGAUUCGUGGCCUCAUUGGGUUGCUGCUGAGCAUGGACUUUACCUGCAACAUGGAUCUGUUCCUUAUCACGUGCAAGAUAAUCGCUCGCCUGGUGCUGGCCUGUCGACCGGCGCUGCAGCUGUCAAAGAUCAUUACCACGAACCAACUGUUGCAGCUGGUCCGGAUUGCGGUGUGGGAAAAUCAACAGCAACCGUGGACAGUGCACGCCAUCACCUGCCUGCUGCAGGAUGUGCUGGAGGCCGAUAAAAGCUUUAAGGAUGCGGACAGCGAUUCCUCCGAUUCGCCGGGCGAGGAAGGUUCGGCGACGGCAGGGGCAGCUGCAGCCAAUCCGAACGGAGCACCACCUUUGCACUCGAUGCGGCCACCGGUAGAGGUACCUUACAAGCAGCAGCAGCAGCAGCAGCAGCCGCAGCAUCCCUUGCAAAGUACGGCACAUCAUGUUUCUUGCGAUCUCAGUUACGCCGAUGUAGCGAAGAAUCAGCUGUCGUCGGUGGUCGAGUGCGAUGAUUCAGAGUUUGAGGAGAUAUUCAUCAUCAAUGACAUAUAUUCGGCUCGUGAGAAGCGGUUCCUCAAGCGCGAUAUCGGUUCGUUUGCUUCCUUCGCCAGUAAAUACAGCAUCACGAACAAAACCGUGUCGGCUGCGAUGGACGCUCGACUUGAGAUGGGCCUGGACACUAAUGUGGAGAUCGUUCUUCGGCGCCUUACCACUCGGUCAGCAUUCAAUCUGAUCAGCAGCUUGCCGCACGUUUCGAUGAUGCCCGAGCAGCUGGUCGGAGCGGCGGGGGUCAGCACGUCGGGACAGCCAUCCGAAUCGGCUUCAUCCGCAUGGCCUGAAACCAUCAUGGACGUCUGGUCUGGGCCCGAGUAUCUGCUGGGCACUGAGACGAACAGCAUGCUGACGGAAGUGUUUGACAAAAUUCUUUCCGACUUGCAUCAGCUCGAUUCGUGGCUCAACUUGGAGAAAAUUCUCCAACUGUGGUUGACGCUGAACGGCGAAACGCUCGAAAACCUGCCGGGCAGCAAUGCGACCGGACUGAACCCGUACUCGUUCCCGCGCAUUCCGUUCGGCGAUCGGGCGGUGCGCGGACUGCUGAAAGCAUUGGCGACCCAUCCGAACAUCAAGCUGCGUGCGUGGUGCCUUGGCUUUCAUUGCCUGAAUUUGGCUUGCAAGCCGCACUUUGAGGCGGAUUGCAUUGAGGCGAUGUCCACCAGCAGCGACAACCAUUUCCGGCGCAUGGGCAAUCUGAUCGUCAAUGAUGAAAACUUUGAAAAGAUGCUGCUGCGCUUUUUCUCCGGCGCUGACCAAUCGAUGAUAUCCAUGGAUGGCAGCAGCAGUCGUUACGCUGGGCCAACGGUGUGUAAGCUUGUGGUGGAGCUGUUCGUGUGGCUGGAGUUACGCUGCAAUGUGAAGGACAAGUUGAAGCAAACGCUGCUGCGCGUAACGUUGCAUCUGGUGCAGUUCGGUGGAGCGAUUGCCAACCAGCAGGGUCCCAUCGACGCCCAGAGUCAAAUGAUAAAGGAGCUGUUAAACUUCCUGUACGACAAGAGCGAUUUGGGCAUUGCGAUGAGUGUGAUUGAGUGUGUUUCCCACCUGGUUUACAAUAACGUGGUGAAUGUGGAUAAACUGUACUGUCAGAAAACGACGGAUUCGAGCAACUCGAGUGGCAUGCUGGGUGGCGGGAUGCGGUUCAGCAGUCUCUUUGCCACCGUGUUCAACGCUGAAUCUAAUCGUGCCUGUAAAUCGGCCACCGACAGCUCACUGCUGGUAGAUCUGCUAAAGCUGGCCUCGAUUUUGGUUAAUACGAAAAAUCCUCACACCACCACCUCCGCCGCCGCCGCCGCCGCGGGCAGUGAGGCCGGAUCGUUGGAUGAUGGUCAUACCGGUACGCCCACUGUUGGCGUUGACAAUUUGAACACAUCGAGCGAGAGCCAGACGGAUGAAAUCAAGGCAGAACAGCAGCAUACCGGCGCUGCUGGUGGUGGUGGUGGUGCUACAAGCGCAGGAAAUGUUCCGGGCAGUGGGCCCAACGGUGGAGCUAAUGCUGCCACAGCGGCAACCAGCGAGUCCCGCCCGAAGGUACCGUGCUUUGCGGACACCGUGUUGCAACACUCGCCGACGAUGAAUCGGUUGCUGAGCGCUCUUUCGCACUGCAACCAUUCGUCGCUAACGAUGCUGGUUGCGUCCACAGUCAGUUACGGUGCAACGGGUUCUGAAGGCAGCAGCAGCAGCGCCAAGACCAUUCGCAACACGCACCCGGAACUGUGCACCGUGGCAGAUGCCGUAUUUCAGUUGCUGCUUUACCUCAGCCGCACCGCGUCCCAGAACGAGCUGGUGGUAAAGCCGCUGUUCGAGUACAUUAACAACGCAUCCAACGUGCGACACCCGAUGCCGAAGCUGCACCUGUCGGAACCGUUCCUGUGGUUCAUCCUGAAAGUGCUCGGUACGCCCGCGUCGGUUGCCAUCUUUACCGAGCUGGGCGGCAUACAGGUACUGUGCGAGAGCUUGGUACGCAGCAACCGGGCGCUGAUAAACACGCAACCGAGCCUGGUGUCGAUGAUCAUGCAGCGGCUGUCGAAGUCAUCGGUCGGUUUACAUGGAGGCAUGGGUAUGGCGGGUACCGGCGCGGCGGGAGCAAGCGUAAUGGCGGGUGGGAACUGUGGUGGAAGCUCAUCGAAGAAGAGCACCCCUGUCAUAGCGACGCCGCGGAACGAGGAAGGACUGAUCAACUUCGCGCCCUACUCCACCAUCACCUCGGACAAUCUGUCGGUGCAGGCGGCGGAUGUGUUAAUACAGGCGCCGCUCGCUUCCCACCGUCGGGCGCGUAAUCCGGCUUGGAGUUAUCUGUUCUACCCGAACGAAUCGAACGUCGAUCUGACGAUCACACUGCCGACGGCUGUGCUGCUGAAGGAGGUGCAGCUGCAACCACAUCUGGCGACACUUGCCUCGUGUCCUUCGGCGGUAGCGAUCGAGGUGACGCGGGACAGCAUCCUCGGUCCGAUACCGAUCACGCAACCGAUUUCGACUGUCGGCAUGACAUGCAUUCGGUUGCGCUUUGCUCAGCCGGAAAUUGCCACGAGCGUCAUCAUCCGGCUGUACCGUCCGCGGGACGCACUGAACAUUGGAUUGACGCAGAUAUCCAUUCUCGGAACGACCACAUUCGGGGAGAUGAUGCCACAAACGGCAGGACCGUCCGGGUUCGGUGCGGGAUCGAUGCAAAACUGGCCCAGCUCUUCGAUUGUAGCGAUUGGUGGAGGUUCGGGAUCGACCGUGAACCUCAAACCGUCGAACGAUUUGUGCAGCUACCGGAAAGCUUUCGGUUUGGUCGAUGCGGAUGAAGGAGUUGGACUGGGCGCUGCUGGCGGCAGCUUGGACGACGAUCGUUCGGCCGGAGCGGCACGCACCAGUCUCGGCUGGUUGCGCGUACUGACGCAGUGUUUCAGCGUAACCAUCUACUACGCCGAUCAGCAGCUGGCGAAUCGUGUGAUUGCGGCCGCCAACGAGGUGACCGGGUUCCUGGAGGCUUGCUGUGCGUUGCUCAACAUCGCGCCGAACAGUCCGAACGACACGCUGCAAAAUUUGGAAACCGUACUGCUGAAGCUGGGACUGCACAGCCGUGAGAUGGGCUUGCGGCUGAUCAACACGCUGCUGAAGCAAAGCAUUCCGCAGACGUUUCAGCUUUCGAACGACUCGAUCGCCGACCUGCUGUAUCAGCUGUGUACGAUGCAGAACGAGCACACGCGCGAUCGGCUGCAGGCCAUGCUGGACUGGGUGCUAACGCUGUACGAGCGAUAUCAGCAGACGAUGGGCGCGAUGGGAGCGGGCAGCGGCGGAAGCACGCUCAAUCAGCACCGUUUGGCGCUGCACGCGACCAACCCGUACAGCGGCUUCGUCAGGUGUUUGGCCGCCAUUCUGUGGCAGGUGUUCGCCACCGACCUGAUUCCCGAUCUGCUCGAUAUGGUCACGCGGGAGCUGUUCGAUGUGCUGUUCAACUGGCUGCAGGAGCUUAAGCAGCAGGAAGGCGCAAGCGGCGGUGGCGGUCCUUUGAAGAAAGCGAUCGACGCACUGCUCUGUUCGGUGUGCUGCAUUCGGCCAGAGUUUUUCACCAUGCUGCUGCGACGGAUGGGUGUGCUGGUGCCGAAUCUGUCGACCGAUCUGACCGCCUCGAUCUCGGACGACCGUAAGGACGGGGAACGGCGGACGGACGACAGCAAGCAGGAAGAGUCGGACACGACCGAAUGGUACAGCCAUCUGGUGAUAGAGGAUAUCGCCUGCCUGGACCUAUCGAGCAGCCAGCUGGCCACGAUUGCCAUGGCCAGUCAGUCGCCGCUUGCCGUACAGCAGCUGAUCGAUUCCGGGCUGCCGAAGCUGCUGAACUCCGUCAUCCUGGAGUUUUGCCGCCGAGCGACGAACGGUUGCGCCGAACGGCUACGGCGUGGCGGCAGUUCGUCUGCCAGUGCGUCGCCCGAGGGCUGUUUAACGGACGCCGACAAGUGGAGCGGAGGGGAGGCGACUGAAAACACGCCCGCCCUGCCGAUGGUGAACAUACACAAGGUGACGGAGAUUUUGACCUUCUUCACGGACAUGUGCUCCGAAGGACACAUGCGCGAUUGGCUGGGCAGCCACGAGGGUGCGAUCUUCUGGGAACCGUUGCUGCUGUUGCUGUGCAACAGCCAGCUGGCGAACGUGACGCGCGAUAUAACCACACAGUCGUGUCUCGAGCUGGAAGAGUGCUUCAUCAAGUUCCUGUCGCGCGUUACGAGCUGCCAUCCGAAAAAUCAGGAAGUGUUGACAAUCAACCUGAUCUCCGUGAUACGCAAGUCUGACCCAGCGGAAGAAGCGAUGCACAGUGCCGAUGGUGGUGGUGCUGCUGCUGCUGCUGCCGCACCGUCCAUGUCCAAUCCGGUAUCGCGAAACUGUAUAUCCGGCUUCACUCGUCGCUUGCUGUUGCAGAUUUUGCUCGAAAGCGAAAAGAUAAUGGUGGCGGUGCGUAGCGAUCUGCCGCUGCUGCAAAGCAAGGAAGCAAACGGUGGAACGGCGGGUGGUGGUGGUGGGCUGUACAACUCCAUUGCCAACCAUCCCUCGAAGCGACCCAACGCACAUUUGAUGCUGUUCCAGCUGAGCACCAACGCCAAGUGUCAGGAUAUUUUGGACCAGUGUGCGGCUGCCGUUUAUCAGCCCAUCUUACCGUCGGCCGUCCCAGUGUCCACCGGGCCGGCUGCUACCGGUUCCCCAUCCUCGGUUGUUGCAGCUACGGCCGCCAGCUCCGCUGCAGGUGUGACUGCUGCAUCAUCUUCCAACACCGGGGACCUGCCGUUGCUAGCUGCCAGCAAUGUUAGUGGUCAGCCGCCCAUCGGUUCCUCCGCGGCCGGGCAGAGCAACGCACAAAGCUGCCGCGAGAGCGAACUGUGGGAGCUGGGAAUGGGGCUUGAGUUUCUCAGCGUUGCAGCGGGAGUGACGGCGAAGGAUAAGCGGUUGAAGGAGGCGAAAAAUCAGGCUACCACGAUGCGACGAAAGGAUCUGCUGUCCAUGUUCAAAAUCAAGAUGGACGACUCGAAGCUGUCCGCACCGGACGGUAUGUUCCUGACGCACUCAGCCGUACCGGAAGUUAUCAUAACGAGCGAUACCACUAUCUCGCAACUGUUGACCAUGCUGAAAUCCGCGGGAAUAUCGCUCUCCAUACCGUGCAUCAAUCUGAACUUGAUUGAUGCCAAAACGAGACCUACAGCCGUCGAUGCAACGGGUGGAGAAUCAUCGUCUUCAUCGUCCGGCGCGGGAUCAUCGGCGUACAUGCGUGCGACCGAGUUCCUGCCCUUACCAUCGCCGCUGCAGAUAUUCUCCAGCCGGGGCGGUCUCUCGCUGCUGGCGCACUACCUACCGACCGUGUAUCCCGAGAUGCCGAAGUGUAACGCGCACUACCUGGACAAGGACCGUAGUCCCGCGGGAGGGGUGGGCGUGGGUAGCGCCGGUGCCGGCAACGAAUGGGUCAAGCUCGAGCAGAUGGACGAGAUCUACGAGGACGUAGAUGAUAUGCCGGAAUCCUCCCCGAAAGCGCAAUCGAUAACCGCAAUUCCGCAGCAUUCGCUCGCCGCCUUCGCACUGUUCCUGAAGCUUCCGGCCUACUCGGAGGUGCUGCUCAACGAUACCGUCCGGGCGCAGUGUUUGCUGCGCCUGAUACUGGGCGUUACGAGUGACGGCGAGGGUAACGAGAUCUACAGUCUGCCGCUGUCCAACACACUGCCCACGUUACCGUUCGAAGUGUUCCGGCAGCUGCUAGAAUCGUCCCCACUCACCACGGACGAUGGAGUGUUGCUGCGACGGAUGGUGAUUGAGGUCGGUGCGAUACAUCUCGUGUUGAACUGUCUCAGCAUCUUCACCCACCAUAACAGCAGUGGAUCGGUGUUGCUGCGAACAGGUGCAACGACAUCGUCCGUACCGGUAAGCACUAGCAGCACCAGUGCGCCAUCUAAUGCGUUCGUCUCGCUGUAUCAAGGAAUAGCCAACGCAGGCGGGUCCAACAAAUCUUCCUCCACCAUGACUGGCCACGCAACCGCGAACAGCACAGAGGAUCAGCUGAACGCCGACGAUAAGGGGCACAUGUAUUGGGCCAAGGGGACCGGUUUCGGUACCGGUUCGACGCAACAAUCCUGGAACGUGGAGCAGGCUCUGAUGCGGCAGAAAAGCGAGGAAGAACACGUGACCGUGCUGUUGCAGGUACUAUCGAGUUACAUAAAUCCUGGCUGCAACAGCUACGUGAUCAGCAGCUCGGGCACGGAAGAGUUGCAUAAUUACAAAGAUUCGUUUGAAUCGGUCGGCGAUCUGCCGCCCAUCUUCCUCGAUCUCAUCCAGCAAAGUUGUCUCAUUCCCGCCUUAAGUUCCUAUUUGCGCAACGAUUCAGUGCUGGACAUUACGCGUCAUAUUCCUCUGUACCGCGCCAUCCUGCAGCUGCUGCGAGCGAUUUCCGUGUCCAACCAGCUGGCGAUGCUGCUGGUGAACAAGAAUUCGAGCGAGAGCAAGCUGUCCAUCGCUGGGCUGCUGUCCAACAUGAAGGCCUGCGUGGAUACUUAUGCGAGUCGAUUGAAGGUGAACAAAAAAUCCAACCUGAAAGGACAGACGCAGAAAAUUAUCGUCUCGUUGGACGAUGGGGAUGACGAAGGGCUGGCACUGAUGAUGCACGACAUCCAGCUGACCUCGCUGCUGGUGCAGAACGCCACAAACAUUGACACCGCGAGUGCAAAUGACGAGAGUGAGAAGCAAACGAUUCCGCGGCCAAUCACAAAAUCGGUGGAAGACAAGUAUCUGGAGAUAAUGAAAGCGUUACAGUUUGACACCUACGAGAUGAUUGCCGAAUCGGAGAAUGGCUAUCGGUUUACGAUAUCGCACCACUUUGAAACGAACGUUCGCAUGGCUGGGGACCGUGGUCAUCCGGGGCGGGUGAAACGGUUGGCACAGGAAACUGUAACGCUGUCCACCAGCCUGCCCCUGUCGUACAGUAGCUCGGUGUUUGUGCGCUGCGACACGGAUCGGCUGGAUAUCAUGAAGGUGCUGAUCACUGGACCGGCCGAGACGCCGUACGCUAACGGUUGCUUCGAAUUUGACGUGUACUUCCCACCGGACUAUCCCAACUCGCCGAUGAUGAUAAACCUGGAAACGACCGGGCGCAACACCGUCCGCUUCAAUCCCAACCUGUACAACGAUGGCAAGGUUUGCUUAUCGGUGCUGAACACGUGGCACGGCCGGCCGGAGGAAAAGUGGAACGCGCAUACGUCCAGCUUCCUGCAGGUGCUCGUGUCCAUCCAGAGCCUUAUUCUCGUGCCCGAACCGUACUUUAACGAGCCCGGGUUCGAGCGCAGCCGGGGUACACCGACCGGCACGCACAGCUCGCGGGAGUACAACAGCAACAUCUAUCAGGCGUGCGUGCGGUACGCGAUGCUGGAGCAGUUGCGCCAUCCGUGUCCAUGCUUUCAGGACGUCAUACACGCGCAUUUCUGGCUGAAGCGCAACGAAAUCUGCAACCAGAUCGAGGAAUGGAUUGCCGAGCUGAGCCAUCCGCUGCAGCACGAGCGCACGGGCCGCACCAUCUCGUUCAAUGCGAUGGUACUGCGGCGCCAGUACAAGCAGCUGCGCGAAGAGCUGGCUAAGCUGUCGCCUCCGGACGGGCUGGAGGAGGCGGACUAUCCGUUCAACGCCGGAAGCAACAUGACACCUACCACACCGUCGUCCACCGCAGCCGCCGGUGGUGGCACCACGAACGCCACCGUUCCGCUUCCCCCGGCCUGUCCGGCCGGAUCGCUGAUGCAUUCUUCGUCGUCGUGUUCGUCCUCCUCCUCGUCGACGUCUUCGUCCUCGUCCAGCUCGUCGUCCAGCUCGUCGUCCUCGUCGUCGUCCACCUCAUCCUCAUCGUCCAAUUCGUCGACCCACAGCCAGCAGCAAGCCGUCGUCAUGAACGUCGUGACGGAUAGCGGCGCAGUGGACGGUUCCGAGAGCGUUCUGCUCCAGGCAGGCGAUGGCGUUACGGGCAGCGUCGAAGACGUGAAGGAUGAGGCGCGCGGUGACGGUGGCAUGAUGACGGAAGAGGUGGCCGUUGUGUUUAGCGAUCAUUCGGAGGAGCCGGGUAGCGAAAUCAAUGUCCAUUCCGGAACGGGUUGUUCGGUGGGCGGUGGUGGAGGUGGAGGUGGCGGCGGCGAUUGCAGUGAAUCUUCAUCCAGCGGCAGCAGCAUCGUGACGGGCGUUUCGGCUGGUUCUGUCGAUAAUAGUAGUAGCAGCAGCGAGUCGACUGCCGUUACCGGUGGCCUGUCCGAGGAGACGGCCGGAUCGAACCUGCUGGCGACGACCGCCGACGACGACAUUAGCAGUAUCAACAGCAUCGAGAAGCCGAUCGGCGCUAGUGGCAGCAGUGUGCACGAAUCCCUGGACGAUGAGGCCGACCUGUCGCUGGAGGAGAUGGCACUGUCGAUGGUUUAGGUAAGUCUCGGCGUCGGUCCCGCGCAGGCUCUACACAGCACAUCGCACCCCAGAAGCACGCGAAGGAAGGGUAGUAGAAAGCCGGUAGUAAAUUCAAAACCUGAUUGUUGUGUAUGUUUAAGCGCCAAGAUCUUCCGCUCCGGAUUGUGGAGCGUGUGCAUGUGUGCCACAGAUUUCGAGAGAGUCAGCGAGCGAGCGUACAGCGUGCGUGCGUGUGAUGUGAUAUAAUUAGUUUUGCUAAUAUGAAUUCGCGAAACAGCGGGUGGUGGGCUUUCGAUCUCAAACGGAAACUGAUCCCACGGCGACGAGAGCACACGAUGAAGUACGGGAUGCAGCUGCAACUCAAAAAUGGCGUGUGGGUUGGGUGGCACAGCUGGGUUGAGCGGAUAAGGUAGUAGUGGUAGGACGCAGCAUAGAACGAUAGGGUUAUGAGCAGCGAAAAAGGAAGCAGUCGUGCAUUUUCUGCUUGUGCGCGUGUGUGUGUGUUGGAAUGGGGGGCCCCUUUAAUAGACAAGCCAUAGGAAGGAAGCCGUAGGUUAAUCAUCCAGUAGUGUAACACAAGUCCAUUAUUACUGUUUGUUUCAGCAUUAGACACAGGGGUCAUUACAGUUUUAACUCACUCAUGAGAAAGACACUAAUGUUGAUGUUUUACUUUGGGUUUACGAAUCACAUACAGCAAUACGAGACAAACGAUUAGUUUAGCAUUAAAUUUAAUCUUAAUUUAAGUAUCUUUUGGGCCCGAUCGGUCGACCAGUGUCGAGACGCGUAUAUGUAUAGCUCUCAACAGCACCGACACACUCUCGCCACCAAAUCUUAACAUCUGAUGUAUGAUCGUCCUUAUGAUCAGAUCUUUAUCUUCAUUGUUUACUCGCGUAUUAAUUAUGUUCGAAACGAUUAUCAAUCUGUUUGUUCCUUCGACACAGAAUCAAGCAUAGUAGCAGACUAUCGGGCGGAUCUGUCCGUUGAGAAGCGACAGGCAAAGAACGUUGAUCAGGGAAUAAAUCACUGGGAAAAUGCAUACAUUUUUGAACAGCAGCAUAGUCCUUACAUGUGUCUAUACACUUACACAGCAUAGAACGUUUUACAAAUUUCACGGUGGAAACAGUCCCGCAAAACAAAAAACGCGAAUAACACAUGAUAUGAUGGUGUGGUGUGGAAUCAGCCUAACCUUAACAUAACGAACGGAAACAACACACACACACACACGCAGUAAUAAAUGUAAUUAAAAUAA